GGCACGGACACAGCCCGUCUGGCUCUCGCGGCUGCGCUGCGGGGCUGAGGGAGCCCCGGGGGGGUUCCUGUGUGCGAAGAUGAUGAUGCGCCCCAGAUCAGAGCUUGGAAGCUUCUGGGCCAGCCUGCUGCUGGGACUGGGCGCGCUCUGUCCCCGAGGGGCCCCGUGCGGCAUCUCCACACACAUCGAAAUAGGACACAGGGCUCUAGAGUUCCUUCAGCUUCACAACGGACGUGUUAACUACAAGGAGCUGUUACAUGAACAUCAGGAUGCGUACCAGGCCGGGACAGUAUUUCCGGAUUCGUUUUACCCCAGCAUUUGUGAAACCGGGAGAUUCCACGAUGUGUCGGAGAGCACACACUGGACGCCAUUUCUUAAUGCCAGUGUUCAUUACAUCCGUGAAAACUACCCCCUGCCCUGGGACAAGAACACAGAGAAACUGGUGGCGUUCCUGUUCGGCAUUACCUCCCACAUGGUAGCAGAUGUGAGCUGGCACAGCCUGGGCAUCGAGCAGGGCUUCCUCCAGACCAUGGGUGCUAUUGAUUUUCACGGCUCCUAUUCAGAGGCACAUUCAACUGGUGACUUCGGAGGAGAUGUGCUGAGUCAGUCUGAAUUUAACCAUAAUUACCUGUCCAGGCACUGGUAUGUACCUGUGAAAGACCUCCUGGAAAUUUAUAAGCAACUCUAUGGCCGUGAAGUUAUCACUCAAAAAGCAAUUGUUGACUGUUCUUACCUUCAGUUUCUGGAACUGUAUGGGGAAAUAUUAGCUAUUUCCAAGCUUUAUCCUACUUAUUCAAGAAAAUCUCCAUUUUUGGUGGAACAAUUCCAAGACUAUUUCCUUGGAGGACUGGAUGACAUGGCGUUUUGGUCUACUAAUAUUUAUCGUCUCACCGGCUUCAUGUUAGAAAAUGGAACCAGUGGCUGCAGUCUCCCUGAGAACCCCCUGUUCAUUGCAUGUGACACCAAGCAAGCCACUCCCCCAAGCAGCCUCAAAGAACAGAAAAACGGUUUCCACAGGAACGUGACAGCAUCCAGAUCAAAAGACCUCGGGAACCUGAUCAAGCACACGGAACGAGGCGUGGUCUUCAGUGUGGACUCCUGGGACACGGAUUCUCUCGCCUUUGUGUAUCAAGCCUUGGAAAGGAAUUUCUACUCGGUGUUCACAGGCAGCCCCCAGAAGUCGCUGAAGCACAUUUCCAGCCCCUCAGCCUCUUACUUCCUGUCAAGUCCCUAUGCCAGGCUGGGUUGGGCACUCGCCUCAGCGGACCUCAACCUGGAUGGCUACGGGGACCUGGUGGUGGGCGCCCCCGGGUACAGCCGCCCCGGCCACCUCCAGAUUGGGCGCGUGUAUGUCAUCUAUGGGAACAGCCUGGGCCUGCCGCCCGUUGACCUGGACCUAGACAAGGAGGCCCACACCAUCCUGGAGGGCUCCCAGCCCUCAGGUCGGUUUGGCUCAGCCGUGGCCGUGGUGGACUUCAACGUGGAUGGCGUGCCUGACCUGGCCGUGGGGGCCCCCUCAGUGGGCUCCGAGAAGCUCACGUAUAACGGUGCCGUCUAUGUGUACCUGGGGUCCAGGAAGCAGGGGCUGCCCUCCACGCCCGACAUCACCAUCUCCUGUCAGGACGUCUACUGCAACCUGGGCUGGACGCUCCUGGCAGCCGACGUGAGUGGAGAUGGCCGGCCCGACCUGGUGAUGGGCUCCCCGUUUGCACCUGCCGGGGGCAAGCAGCGGGGCCUCGUGGCCGCCUUCCACUCUGCGCCCCGUCGCCGCCACGGAGACAAGCUGGCGGUGGAGGAGGCCGACUGGAUGGCUCGGGGCGAGGAGGACUUCGCCUGGCACGGCUACUCCCUGCACGGGACCCGCGUGGGCAACGCCACGCUGCUGCUGGUCGGGAGCCCCACCUGGAAGAACGCCAGUAGCCUGGGCAUGCUGUUCCGUCCUCGCGAUGAGAAGCAGAGCGUGGGCCGGGUGGACGGCUACCUCCUGCCCGGUGGCCAAAGCCGCUUCACCAUUUCCGGAGACAAGGCAAUGGGGAAGCUGGGGACCGCGCUGUCCAGCGGCCACGUGAUGCUGAACGGCACCCGGAGACAAGUGCUGCUGGUCGGGGCCCCCACCAAUGAUGACGUGUCUAAAGUGGUCUUCCUGACCAUGACCUUGCAUCAAGGGGGCACCACUCGGAUGUACGCCCUGAGCCCGGACUCUCAGCCCGCUCUGCUCAGCACCUUCAGCGGGGACCGCCGCUUCUGCCGCUUCGGGGGCGUCCUGCACCUGAGUGACCUGGAUAAUGACGGCUUAGAUGAAAUCAUCCUGGGCGCCCCGCUGAGGAUAGCAGAUGUGACCACUGGCCUGAUGGGCGGAGAAGACGGCCGGGUCUACAUCUACAAUGGCAGACAGACCACCUUAGGGGACAUGACGGGCAAAUGCAAGUCCUGGACCUCCCCAUGUCCCGAAGAGAAGGCCCAGUAUGUCCUGAUUUCUCCUGAAGCCAGCUCCAGAUUCGGGAGCUCCCUGAUCACGGUACGCUCCAAAGGCAAGAAUCAGAUUGUCAUUGCUUCGGGAAGGAGUUCGUUUGGAGCGCGGCUCUCUGGAGCACUUCACGUCUACAGCCUCGCUUAGAUGGGGAGAUUCCACUCUCUGCUUUCCUCAUCUGGUUUUCCCCUCUCUCAUGCCAGUCACCUCCUGGGUGAGGGUGUUCUGGUGGACAAAGUGGAACAUUGAGUGAUGAGUAGGUUCUCCUAGACAGAGAGGCAGGGGUCCUGGGACAAGACAGCCAGGUCAUCUGGAAUGUGAUACAGGAAAUGGUGAUUUUAUCGCCAUUACUCACGUUCCCUUUCAGGGUUUACCUUGCUGCCCUUCCAAGUAAACCUUUCCUAACUUACAGCCCAUGUUUCCAUCUAUUGUAUAACCUGCCUGAGAUCUCUGUAAAUGUAUGUCUAGGUCUGAUAGCUUGAGCAGGCCUUCCCGUGGUUAAGAUCUUUGUAUAGAAAUCUUUCUCCUAAAGUUCUUUUUAAAAAAUUGACCCAUUCUGAUGAAAGGGAAAUAGCAUCAUGUAUAGAGAGGAAAACUGGAAGAGGAACAGAAAUGGUAGCGCCAGGAGAAAAACCUGGUGAUCGCAGAAUCACUGAACUCGCUGUUUCUUAAUGCUUUUUACUGUGUUAUCAGCAUUUCCUGAGGUGAAGGGGAAGUGGCAGAACUGAAACCUUGCCACCUGCCCGCGCUCACAUGCGUUCAUAGAGACCCUGCUCUAGCAGCUGAUGGACCUAGAGACUUGUUGCUUGUUGUUUUCAGCACCCCGAGAGGGUUCUUCCUCUGCUAAGGAGACGCAGACCUUGGCUUCACUUCUGCCCAGACUGGUUUCAGUGAGAAGUUUUGUCUGCCGGUCUGGCAUAUUAAAAGGAAAGAAAUGCACGGACCACAGGGUCUCCUGUGCAGAAAAUUUAUGGGCAUCACCUGUACAUGUAGUAAUGAGUUGAUUCUGCAUCAAGGAAGAACCUGUUUCUUCUGAUGCUUAGGGGAAACAACACAGGCAGAGAGUCCUUGGCUCGGCUUCUCCAGGGGUAGAUAGACACGGUCAAGGAAGGCAGGAGUCCAGCUGGAGGGUCAAGUUCAGUUAGAAAUCACAGAAAAGCUACUAGAUGUAAAUUGAGUCUGCGCUGGAAAGCUGAACAGGCACAAACCUGGAAAGGUCUGGAUCCCACAGCUGCCUCCAUUUAAAGAGCUUUGCUAGGGCCUGAGAAUAAGCAAAUAAGACACUUGCUUUGCAUGUGGCUCACCCUGGUUCUCCCCCGCCCCCCCCCCCCCCCCCACCAGCAUUACCAGGAGUGACCCUGGAGCACAGAGACAGGCAUAGCCCCCAGGCACCAGGAAGGCAAAGAGUUCUGCUAGCCACAGGGUUUCUUAUGGAACUACAAAAAGCACCCAGCUAAGAACCUAUGAUAAACUGUGUAUAGGAAAUGCAGCAGAUGAAGAAUGGCUUUAAUAAAAGGAAACGUGCUUUUAGAAGGGCAGGAAUUAUUAGUUGUGUUCACUUACCAGAUGAGAUGUCUAAGUGAAGCACAAACUGAUGACAGUGCACUCAGUGGAAGUGUUUCUCAUCUGAGUCUUGCACUAGAAGGCUGCACUUUGUAAACCUUCAUUUUGGAAACGACCGCUAAAGGACAGGCCUGUUUUUAUCAGAGAAUCUAUAUUUCUCUCAAUGCCUAAGAAGACUGGGUAUUAAGCACCAUGUUGGAAAAGGUUAACUCUUUGAAACUUCACAUUGGAUUUUAUAUUGGAUAUUUAAUCAUGCUUGUUCCAUAGUUAGAAAUGAUGUAAGGGCCUGCUAAGGAUCAACCUGCUAUGGCAGAUAUAUAAAAUAUGUAAAAACCUGGCAUAUAGAAAAAUACCUAAUAUACUAAUGCAAUGUUUCUCUAACCUUUUCUGAUCGUGGUUUCCUUCUGGUGACCCUGUGUUCUUCCUGCAGUCCUCUCUUACCAGCUGGACUCCCAAUGUCCUGCCAAAUCUCUCCUUUUAAGCAAUUUUCACCUUGAAAUAUUCUGGAUGUCCCAAGAGGGUAAUAUGGACCUUGGAUGGGAAUCACUAGUAUGAUGGUUUGUAUGAUCACGAUCAUCCUGUUGUUCGUUGAUUGCCUUGAGCAGGCACCAGUAACGUCUCCUUCGUCCUAGCCCUGAGAUUCUAAAAAGUGCCACAUUCAAGGCUCUUUCAGGGUUAGGAGAAUGAGACCCAUCAUUGUUACUGGUAUUUGGCAUACUGGGUACGCUAUGGGGAGUUUGCCAGACUCUGCCGUGUGGGCAGGUUACAUUCAGUAGCCUGCCAGGUUGUCCAAAGCAAGAAUGAGAUAAUAAGAUGUCACACGGCCGCAUCCGCGUGCUUCCAGGAGCUGGGUUUUAUUUAAACUUUUUAGUACAAACCAUUAAAAAAUGAUUUGUACUAAAAAGUAAAUUUUCACAGCUCUAAAACAUUAUUUAUAAUUCUAAAACAUUGAAUGAGAAAUGAAAUACUUUGUAGGGUUCUAAUCUCAACACAAAUCAAAUGCAUACAACAGUGUAACUCAAAAUUAGCUUUAUUCCAAGAACUCAGAAGACAUUAAAACAUUUGAAGUUUUUCUUGUCUCUAUGUAACAACUUUCUUCAAGGUUUGAAGACCAGAACUGUUUUCUGCCUUUGUCUCAAUGAUGGAAGAGACUAUGAAAUAAACUCAGGUCUCUGAAUUCCACUGUCCGUACACCCCCCGUAGAUAUUACUAAGUAAUUGUAAAGUGUGAGUUGAACAUUGUAAUUCCAAGUAAAGCUGUGAACAAUACUGGAGUAACUCACCAAGAAUAAAUAGCUUUUAAAUA